CCCUAGAGUAACCGGGGAUGGAAGGAAAAGUUUGUUUUCAUCGAGUUUCCCCCCUUCGUCACUCCUUUUGCCGGUCUAAAAUGGAAUGACCAUCUUCUCGAUCAAGAACACACUGCACCGGCUUCCUCUCCUGACUUGGAAGCAAGUCUUGAAAUCCUUAUGCGCGGCGAUCCAUACACUGGGAGGGUCUUCCACUAUGGGAGCUGGGUUUGGCGGGUUGAAUCGGGUGGUGAGGGUACCUCCCAAGCCCAUGAAGUAGCGGGGCGCGGGGUACCCUCCCCGGGCAACACUGCAGAGGCUGAGGGCCAAAACCACCCAGAUAUGGAGUUCGAAGAGUUCGCCAUCCCCGACGACCAACCAGCGGGAGACACCGGGGGCUCCCAAGCCAACCCCACCAGAACCUUCCCGGUCCACCAAGAGACCGUGGAGAUUUUGGAUGAGGACGAACCCCAAGACAACCGAUCUAUGGGGAAGGAAAAAGAGAAGACCGGUUGCCGGACCAAGAAGGUUGGGGAGAUUGGGCCCAUCACCGCCGACCGGUUGGGAAUGGACUCUCCAACCGAGGUGGCCAGGCUGAAGAAGAAGAACGAAGAGCUGGCCCUCCUCCUCAAGAGCCAAACGGAUGAGCUAGCCAAGUUGUCCAAGAUGGCCGGAUCCUUGGGGGCAGAGAACACCCGGGUGAAGGAGGAGAACGACCGGCUGCUGGACGAGGUCUCCGAGACAAAAAGGGAGAUGGCGGAGAAGGAAGAAAACUUCCCCGGGCGCGCAGCCGCCUGGGUUGAGGAAAAUAAGGCCGAAGCUGCCCGGGUUCUGACGGCGAGCCCAGAAGCUACCAUGGAAUCCUUCAGGCUUCUAUACCGGGAGCCUGAAGGAAAGAAGAUGAUUACCGCCGUUGGAUCUUUCGGAUUCAAGUGCGGUCAAAAGAAAGACCAGGCAGCCUCCCACCGGAUCCUCCUGAAGAGAGACCCGUCCUUCACCGCGGCUUCCUACGGCCUGGCUCCCAGCCCAGAGGAAGAGCCGACUCCCCCUUUUCCCCUUGACUGAUCUCCCCGGCUGCGCCCGGUUGAAUUAUCUUGUAAAACUUUGACCUCAUUUCCCCGGGAAUGCCCGGUGUAGCUGUAAAACACUUAACUUUUUUGUUCUGCUUUAAUGCAAUGCUUAAUUUCCAUACCGGUUUAGCUUCCAUAUCU